AUGUCAGAGCCGCCACUCCCUGGAAAACCAGAACCUACGUUUGAAGGUUUACCCCCUGAGAUCUGGACGCAGAUUUGCCACUCACGGGCGUCGUACGCAGACGGAGAGAGCUUCAUCCUUGACCCCAUAAGCCUUUCUAGUCUCCGUCUCGUUAGUCGAAUCAUCCAUUCGAAGACCCAAGACGCAUUCCUACAGCGUCAUCUCUCUUCAUCCAAGUUCAGCCUGAUGCCAUGGAGUCUGGCCAUUCUGAAAGACCUAUCUGAAAACGAGCAUCUGUGCACAUACGUGGAAGAGUUGGAGUUCGGCCCGGAGAUAUUAAACACGAAUCUGGAUGUGGACCUUCGAUAUAUCAAAGAGCCGUGGGAAGAGCCGUCUAUGGGAUGUCCACACCCUCAGAGCUACAUACACAUGGAUUCUGCCCGACCUGUAUGGCCCAUGGUCAAGCUUCCGGAGCCGCUGUGGAAAGGCCUUACUGGAAGAGGUUCAGGAUCAGCAUUAGUGGUUCGUUGGAAUGACCGAGGCGGCUAUACCCACUGGCUUCAAAAGUACGAAGGCACGCUGAAGAGACUGGUCGAGCACCAGAACCGCUUUAGCAUAGCGGCCGAAUACGUUCGAGAUGCCAUCGGAAAGCUUACGAACUUGAAGAGCAUCAAGAUCAAUCCCCGUCCUAUAGGAGCAUACUACGAAGAACGAUUCGCCAAGCCCAUACUGCGGAGUCGGGGUACCAUGUCGCUCUAUCGCGCAGUCGGGGCACACGCUAUCGAAGUGACCACCGAUUUGGCCCCAUCUGGUUCGAAAACUCUAUUAGAGUUUAGCCUCGAUGGCCUUCUCUUCAUGGAGUAUUACGCCGAGAUCAUCAUGCUGGAGAAUCUCUCGAAGAUACUGAGCACGGUUGACUUGGACAAGCUCACGGUUGACCUGACAAUCACCGCGGCCAACCUUCCAUCGAACGGCAAGAUUUACGAUACUGGCCAUCAAAGCUGGAGAGCUAUGGCUCCUCGGAUACGAAGUCUAACCUUCGAUUGCGCAAUGAGUGAUAUCGAUGGCAGCGAGGUUCCUGCCUUGCUAACAUGGAUAUCGGAGAUGUUGAUCUAUGCUACUGCAGUCGAGCACUUCUAUGGACGCAGCUGUGACUUUGAGUACCGGAUGUUGCGGACUGUCUUUGUGCAGUCUUCCUGGACCAGUCUUCGAACGUUACAUCUCUUCCGGUCUCGCAGUCACGGGCGCAAUUUGCUUCGGAUGCUUCUCCGUCAUCGCUCAACAUUAGAAGAUGUGAGCUUUUCGCAUGUCACAGUCACAGGUACGAGCAUAGCAGCAUGGAGAGACGUAUUCGUGGCAAUGAAAGACAUGCAUCGGCUCGGGCGUGUCGCGCUUGAGCAGCUCGAAAUACAAGGCGACCUCGAUAUGUCUAGCAAUGCGCCAUACUCAUGGGCUUCUAAGCCACUCACAUCUGAUCGGCUGAAAGCCAAAGGGUACGAGAAGGUUCGCUCGAUGCUGGACUUCGUGACGCAGCGCAUACUACUUCUUUCGGGUCGAGAGAUCACGUUCUGGCAAGUCCAUUUCGAGGUUCCUCCAUGA